AUGCAUGGAAUGCUGCAUGAUAGGGCGGCUAGCGGUGAAGAUAGCCGAGCGCCGUUGAAGGGUGGCCUACCGGAACUGGCGCGAAAGACAACUUCCAUUUCAUCUACCUCGUCUUUUAGUGAAGAAAAUGCGCUGCAUGAUCAGGCGGCAGCUACCAUAGAACGCGCCAAGAUGCUGAUCACCCGAUUGCAAGAAUCUCCGAUGCUUACGCCGAUUGAUCACGACAAGACGGGAAACAAACAGCAAUGUAAGCAUUCAGCAUGCAGUCAGGGUAAACAGAUGUGUCAAACACCUCUGAUUCCUCAUGAAGUGCCGAGCAACGACGCUCUACCUCAGAGGCAAGUUUCAUACGCGCCGGACAACUUGUCGACACGGCGAUGUAACGAAUUUGAUAGGACGGAACCAUCAGAGUCGAGGCAACAGACACCACUCGAACUGUUUGUCCCAUCCAACGAUGAACUCUCGAAGACCUUAGAAUUGUUGGUAAGCCUGCUUUCAAAGUCACAAGAGCAGAUCCGGCAACUCAAGUUCAAAAACCUGGUGCUGAAUUCAACGUUAAAGAAUGUGGAUUCCCGUUCUGAAGUUGAGCUUAAUUUGUCCAAGCAUAUGUACGAACACGUGAAAUGCAAGCUCAAUAUAGAUAAGCAAGAGUUGAAGGAACAGAUUCGCACUAGAGAUCAUAAAAUCUCAAAAUAUCGUGAUACCAUUAUGGAGAAGAAUAAACAGAUCAACAGGCUCAUGCGCAUUCUGAAUAAGACUGCCCAGUACAUGCCCACAACGCCUAGUGUGAAGGCAAAAAGUAACAGUGGCUCUGUUAAUAGUGGAAUAACUUGCAGCGACAGCGGAAGCAAAAACGGUUCCCAUAUGCUAACCACCCUUGGGAUCCUGGCAUCGCGCGUCCUAGACGAGGAAUCAGAUUCAACGCCUGUAACUAAUAUUGCUGAGUCUGAUCACUCCAAUUGGCAUGAUAGUUCUCCGUCAUUGUUAGCUGCUGCCCCUCGUGCUUUGAAGGCCCGAAGCCACAUUGAAGAACUCCCCAAGGAACUCCCGUUAAGUAAUAUUCAUGCACAUCAUUUAAACAGCAUGCCUAAUUCCACCAAAGGUCUAGAGAAAGUUUCCAAGGUUCUAUCAUCCAAGUCUAACGAAAAGCCCAGUGCACAGCAAGAUAUGCAGAUCAUCUUACCGCAGCCUCCUGACGUCAGCGCACGCGACACCCCAGAGCAAACAUGA